GGCGGAGCUUUCAAUCUGCUCAAAGUCUCAAACUCCCUCGUUUUCAUCGACCCUCCUCUCUUCAAAUCUUCUCUACCCACUCUCUACCUCUCUAUUUCUCCCUGUUCUAUCUCUUUCUCGCUAGCAAUAAGGCUAAUCCCCGAUCAAGAUUACUUUUUUAGAGACAUUUCUGAGGAGGAUUUCUUGAUCUGAAGAUGGACUCUGCCACCAUGAACUUUUGCAGCAAAUCUGUCUGCUCGCCUCCUGGUUUAUUCAUGGGGAGGACAACAGGAAUCAGGAGCUCCCAGUGCAGCUUUAUGGCAGGAAGUAGAGUUAACUUCCCCCGACAGCGAGUCCAGGCUUCUCGAGUUGGUCAUAAAUCUGGCAAACGUGGGGGAGCUCUUGCUGCUACAUGCCGCGACGAUAAAAUUCUGGUUGCUAACAGAGGAGAGAUUGCUGUUCGUGUGAUUCGGACUGCCCAUGAGAUGGGGAUCCCUUGUGUUGCAGUUUACUCGACAAUAGAUAAAGAUGCUCUUCAUGUAAAGCUGGCUGAUGAAUCCGUUUGCAUUGGGGAAGCACCAAGCAAUCAAUCUUAUUUGGUGAUCCCAAAUGUCUUAUCUGCUGCCAUCAGCCGUGGAUGUACCAUGCUGCAUCCUGGAUAUGGUUUCCUUUCUGAGAAUGCUGUUUUUGUUGAGAUGUGCAGAGAACACGGAAUCAACUUUAUUGGACCAAAUCCUGAGAGCAUCAGGAUCAUGGGUGACAAGUCAACUGCUAGGGAUACAAUGAAGAAUGCUGGAGUUCCGACUGUUCCUGGAAGUGAUGGAUUGUUAAAGAGUACUGAAGAAGCAGUGAGACUUGCGGAUGAGAUUGGUUAUCCUGUCAUGAUCAAGGCAACAGCUGGUGGAGGAGGACGUGGAAUGCGCCUUGCUAAAGAACCUGAUGAGUUUGUGAAGUUGUUGCAGCAAGCUAAAACUGAGGCUGCAGCUGCAUUUGGUAAUGAUGGAGUUUACCUAGAGAAGUUUAUCCAGAAUCCAAGGCAUAUUGAAUUUCAGGUUUUGGCUGACAAAUAUGGUAAUGUUGUGCACUUUGGGGAACGUGAUUGUAGUAUUCAGAGGAGAAACCAGAAGUUGCUAGAAGAAGCACCUUCUCCCGCAUUAACACCAGAGUUGCGGAAAGCCAUGGGUGAUGCAGCAGUAGCAGCGGCAGCAUCCAUAGGUUACAUAGGUGUUGGUACAAUCGAAUUCCUUUUGGAUGAAAGAGGAUCAUUUUACUUUAUGGAGAUGAACACUAGGAUCCAGGUGGAGCAUCCAGUUACAGAAAUGAUAUCAUCGGUUGACCUAAUUGAGGAACAGAUUCGUGUGGCUAGGGGAGAGAAACUUCGCUACACACAGGAAGAUAUUGUACUGAGAGGUCAUUCAAUUGAAUGCCGUAUCAAUGCAGAAGAUGCUUUCAAAAACUUCAGACCUGGACCAGGAAGGAUAACUGCGUACCUGCCUGCUGGAGGUCCAUUUGUGCGAAUGGAUAGCCAUGUUUAUCCAGAUUAUGUGGUUCCACCUAGCUACGAUUCCCUGCUUGGAAAGCUUAUUGUCUGGGGUCCAACCAGAGAAAGGGCAAUCGAACGCAUGAAGAGGGCUCUUAAUGAUACCAUCAUCACUGGGGUUCCUACAACAAUUGAUUACCAUAAGCUUAUUCUUGAUAUUGAGGACUUCAAAAAUGGAAAGGUGGAUACAGCUUUUAUUCCAAAACACGAAGAAGAGCUCGCAGCGCCUCAACCAACUCAACCCGCAACCACACAGAAACAGCUGAUUAGCACUUCAGCUUGAGAUACUCUCAACGGCGUCCCUGGAAGCAAAGCUCUCUCUUUGAUUUCUCCAAUUCGGUAUCGUCUCCCCAACUACAUAUUGUCUUUGUCAGUCAACUACUAACAUUUUUGGUCACAUGUAUUCACAUGUACGAAUGGACGCCAUAAUUUAUUUUUUCCUCAAUUUUAUCAUAUCAAACGAGCGUCGAAUGUAAGUGAUGGAUUCAACCAACUGUUUGUUCAGUCUUUCUUGGUAUAAAAGUUCAUCAUCAGCAGUUCAUAAAUGGCAACAUUUCUUUC